GCUAUUAUCCCGCUUGUAUGUUCAUAGAGGUCGCUGGUCGAUUGUCCGUCGUUCUCACUUAACUGCGCCCACCCGCAUACCAUGUGGCAGACUUGUAUUGCCAUCAGCCGAGUCGAGGGGAAGCCCCAAGAUCUCGUACCUUGACCACACACAUAUAAUCCUGCCGCCGCCGCAGCCCACUCCCGCCCCUUUCAAUCAUCGGGAUCUAUUUCUCGACACCAAGCACGGGAGUUCUUUGCCUUCCGAUGGUACCUCACUCUUUAACUCUACCUUUUCGCAGACACUCUCGUUUGUCGUCGUCUUGGCUGCGCAGCUGAAGGGCUUCCGGCUUCCCUCUUCCCGCGAGCACCGAACCUCGGAUCGGAGCAAAAAGCUCAUCUUUCACUAUGGGUAACCCCUUUGUGUAUGGGGGGUCUGCCUUUGGCUACGACGACAUGCCCUUCCAAAGUAUGCCCUACGAUGGGCUAGAGAACAGCCUUGGGGGCCUUAACAUGCCCUCCAUCGACCCAAAGAAUCACUCGCCUUCGCCCACACCUUACAGCAACACCUGGGCCUCUCCCGUUCAACGGUCCUUCAAACGCCCUUCGCAGAUAGCACUCUUCGUUGGAGACAUGCCCGGACAAGGACAACCACCAAACCACGCCCCAAUUCGUCCAACACUGGGCAUCUCCCAGGUGCCCCUGUCCCAGGUCCGUUUCGCAAGCCCCGUCUCAUCGACCGAGCCGCCCUCUUCCGGCAGCGCACUGAGCCCUCGUGCCGACACCGAGUCAUUCUACGACGGGUUUCCGAGGACACCCCCGGACUCGGCCUUCUCACCCUUACAAACGCCGAUGCCUCUUGAGCCAUUUGCGCAUGCCAUGCAGUUCAGGAGCAUGGGCCCGCAGGGCUUCGUGAACCCCGUCGACGUGAACCCUACCCAGCAGAUCGAGUACUGUGAGAACGAUAACAGUGUUGUCGACUUCAAUUUCUGCCAGACAAGGUACGGCUUCGACAGUCAAGUCAGCGAUCGCGAAGCCGACGCACAGCAAACCGGUCCUCUUGACUUCACCGGCAGCAGGGCAAGCCCCGAGCCGAUGCAGCCGAUGGUGAAGGACAAGGGUCGGACGUCGAGUGAAUAUCCGCCGGUGCCCAGGCAAUGGGACAUGAAUUCAGACGGCAAGGCCACAGCCAAGCGGCAGAAAGGCGACAAUCCAGACGAAGACUAUCGGCCCUACAAAAGACAGAAGACAACCGCCCGAUCAGGAACCAGGCGGGCUGUGAGAACAAAUACUGCCAUCGCCUCUCCGUCAUCACGAAGGACACGGAAUCCUCGCGUCCGCACUCUGUCCGCCUCUAGAACCACAUUAAUUUGUCCCGAGUGCAAGCAACGCAACUUUCCCACCCAGCUCGACCUUGACACCCACAUCAGGAAGCAACACCACCGCCCUUUCAACUGCGUCUUCGACUUUGCCGGCUGCGAGUCUACUUUCGCGAGCAAAAACGAAUGGAAGCGCCACGUCGCAACCCAGCACCUCCUACUCUUCUACUGGGCUUGCCCUGAAGGCGCCUGCGCAAACACACACCGUCACGGUCCAUGUGCAUCCUCCGCCUUCCGUGGACCCAACAAUCCGCGAGGCUCCAUCUUCAACCGCAAAGACCUUUUCACCCAACACCUCAAGCGCAUGCACGCCCCCAAGGAAGUCAACCACGCGCUCGCCGACGCCAAACGCGCAACAAUCACAACAACAACAGCAACAGCAACUGCGAGUAAACAAACCCCCAACUCAUCAUCAUCAUCGACAACAUCAACCAGCGCCGCCAUCGCGGCCUGGAACGCCCGCCUCAAAUCGCUCCAGUCCACCGCCAUGCACCCGCGCUGCUCGCUGCCGACCCUGAUGAAGUGUCCCGUCCCCGGGUGCGCGGCGAGCCCCUUCCGCGGUCGCGACGCGUGGAACCAGCGCAUGGAGCAUGUCGCCAAGCACAUGGACCGCGCGGCCCAGGGCAGGGAGCCGAGGGUCGUUUUUGGUGGGGAAGGGGACGAGACGCUUGUGGACUGGGCGUCGAGGGCGGAUGUGGCUAUUAUUGUUCCUUCUUCUUCUUCUUCUUCUUCUUCUUGUGGUGGGGCCACUGGAGAGGGUGGUGGUGGUGCGGGGAUUACUGCUCCUGUGCAGGGGCAGGGCUCUGAUGAUGAUGGGAAUGAGGAGGAUGCGGAGGGGGAGGAGGAUGAUUAG